GUUCUGGGAAACCUAAUAACGUUAAUGAAUUCUUGGAAAAAUUUGUCGAAGAAGUAGCGAAUUUGCAAGAAAAUGGGUUUCAAUGGAGUGAUGGUAGUACAUAUAAAUUUAAAAUUAAUAAUUUUGUGCUGGAUGCUGAAGCACGCUCGUUUGUAAAACAAUGCGUUGCGCAUGGUGGUUACUAUGCUUGUGAAAAAUGUACUGUGAAAGGAACGUAUUACAGAAAUAGAAUGUGUUUUUUUGAGCAAAAUUGUCCACGUCGUACCGAUACAUCUUACCGUAAUAGAGAUAAUCCUGACCAUCAUGUUG